AUUGCGUGCAAACGGAGGAAGAUGCUGUUGUUUUUCCUUGGGAAAAAAGUCGAGGAACAAUGUUUGGAAAGACAUUUUUUCCACAGCGCUUUAUAUCAACUUCAAGCGCAAACCCACGAUAUAAUAUAGGACAUGGAUCCCUUUGAGACAACUAAACAAUAUUUUAGCGGCCUGAGGCUUGUUUGACGCUCAUUUGGGAAAUCUCAGAGCGGCAGAGAUUGCGAGGCGGAAGACGGGAAUUGCGAAAGGACGGACCAAGCAAUGGCUCCGAGUUUCUUCGGAUUUAUUUUAUGCCAUCGUUGCAAGGAGUUUUCCUUUGUUUUGGAUCAACAUAAAAGCGGGCACAUGUUUUAAACCCCACAUUUGUUCCUCUGCGUAAUUAAUGCCAUAUUUUGGACUAAUAAUUCGCCCUCAAGAAAUUCAAAAUGGCGGCGGGCUGGCCCAUCCCCCAGGCCCUGCUUCUUCUAAUAGUGAAUGUCGUGGGUCUGGACACUUGCCCGUCUCCUUGUGUGUGCUCCAGCGGUCCAGGUGCACCUCAGCUGCUGGACUGUAGUAGAAAAAGACUGACCAGUGGACUUUUGGAUGCUCCAGCAUGGAUCACGCAUGCGUCAAUGAAUCAAAAUGAAUUUACAGCUGUGCCUUUCUUCGGAGAUGCCUCAUCCAACAUCACUGUUCUAUCACUUGUUCAGAACCGAAUCUCGGAGGUUUUGGCGGAGCAGCUGUUGCCAUAUUCAUCUCUAGAAAGUCUGGACUUGAGCUCUAACUCUAUAACUGAGCUAAAAGCCGGAUCCUUCCCUCCCAUGCAGCUGAAAUAUCUCAACCUGAGCAAAAACAAGAUAAGUUCUCUGGAGCCCGGCUGUUUUGGAAACCUCAGCUCUCUGCUGGUGUUGAAGAUCAACCAGAACAGACUCUCUGUGCUUCCUGAUAAAGUCUUCACCCUCUCUCAGCUCCAAGUCUUGGAGUUGAGGCGCAACAGGAUCCGUGUGGUUGAAAGCCUCAUUUUUAAAGAACUGAAGGCUCUUAAGUCACUGAAGAUGCAGCGGAACGGCAUCACUAAGAUGAUGGAUGGUGCUCUGUUUGGUCUGGACAACAUGGAGGAGCUGGAGUUGGAGUAUAAUAAUCUAACAGAACUGAAUAAGGGCUGGCUGUAUGGACUGCACAUGCUCCGGGUUUUGCGGGUCAAUCAGAACAACAUCGGACUCAUCCGAGCUGACGCCUGGGAGUUUUGCCACCGCUUGGAAGAGCUCGAUUUGUCCUUUAACCAUCUGAGUCGUCUGGAGGAUUGGGUGUUUACGGGUCUCAGUCUCAUGCAAAGUCUUAACCUGGGUGACAAUCAGAUCACACAUCUGGGAGUAGGAGUGUUCAGCAGCCUGGCUAAUGUCCGCGCAUUAGACAUCCGUAAUAAUGAGAUAUCUCUUGCCAUCGAGGACUCCAUUGCCAUGUUUGGCAGUUUGAAGAGGCUGAACUCGCUGGUUUUGCAGAAUAAUAAGAUCAGGACCAUCACUAAAAGAGCGUUUGAGGGCCCGAUGGAACUGGAACAUUUGGACCUGAGCAAAAAUGGGAUUAUUUCCAUUCAUCCGGAUGCGUUCUCACAUUUAAAACUCAAAACGCUUGAUUUGAACACCAGCAGUCUCCUGUGUGACUGUCAGCUGCAGUGGUUGAGCAAGUGGUUAAUUAACCGUUUCCAGCAAUCCUGCAUGGUUGUUUGCGCUCAUCCCGCCUCACUGGCAGGUUCUAGUGUGAUUAUGAUUAAACCGGAGGAGUUCGUCUGCAAUGACUUCCCCAAACCUCAGAUCAACGCUCACCCCAAAACCACUGUAGCCUUGCGAGGGACCAACAUCACGUUAAAUUGUUCUGCGCUCAGCAGCAGCGAUUCUCCUAUGAGCACCGCCUGGCGUAAAGACGGAGAGGUGCUGCAUGACGCUCAGGUGCAGAACUACGCCCGGUACCAGGACCAGCGCCUGCUGUACACCACUUUACUACAUCUGCUUAAUGUCAACUUCACUGAUGAAGGCCAGUAUCAGUGUGUGGUCUCCAACCAGUUUGGCUCCAACUACUCAACUCUGGCCAAGCUCACUGUCAAUGAGCUCCCUACCUUUCUGAAGACACCCAUGGACCUAACCAUCCGCACCGGUACGGUUGCUAGGUUGGAGUGUGCUGCAGAGGGACACCCGACGCCCCAGAUCGCCUGGCAAAAAGACGGGGGUAUUAAUUUCCCCGCUGCCCGCGAAAGAAGGAUGCAUGUCAUGCCAGACGAUGACACGUUUUUCAUCGCCAACGUGAAGAGUGAAGAUAUGGGCGUGUACAGCUGUACGGCUAAAAACGAGGCUGGCAGCCUGUCGGCCAAUGCCACUCUUACAGUGUUGGAAACACCAUCCUUUCAGCGCCCUCUAGAGGAUCGUACUGUCGCACGAGGCGAGACUGCCGUCCUCCAGUGCAUAGCUCGCGGUAGCCCCGCCCCACGCCUUAACUGGACCAAAGACGACGCCCUGUUGGUGCUGACGGAACGCCACUUCUUUGCAGCGGCCAAUCAGCUUCUCAUUAUUGUAGACACCGGACCGGCCGACGCCGGGAAAUACACGUGCAUUAUGUCCAACACGCUCGGCACUGAACGCGGCCACAUCUACCUUGCCGUCUCCCCCUCGGCCAACUGCGACCCGGUGGCCAGCGUGUACGGGCAGGACGGCUGGACGACAGUGGGCAUCGUUGUUAUGGUGGUUGUUUGCUGUGUGGUGGGCACCUCGCUCGUGUGGGUCAUAGUCAUCUACCACAUGAGACGCAAGAGCGAGGAUUACAGCAUAACUAAUACAGAUGAGCUGAACCUGCCAGCAGACAUUCCCAGUUACCUGUCCUCUCAGGGUACACUGUCUGAGCCUCAGGAGGGAUACAGCAAUUCUGAGAACGGAAGCCACCAGCAACUCAUGCCAUCUCAUGCCAACGGAUACGUCCACAAAGGCACAGAGGAAGUGUGUUAUGGCGAAGCAGGCAGCGAUGUGGAUCCGGAAGCCAAUGGAAUGUUGGGUAAUCGCAUGGGUUCGUUCUUCGCCGGCCGUAGCAGCUUCCACAGAAGCGAACCCAGAGAGGGACUGGCAAAUGUACCCAAUGGUGGAACGGGUCCUCUGGUCAUCUGCUCGGACUGCUAUGACAACGCCAACAUCUACUCUCGCACCCGAGAGUACUGCCCGUACGCUUACCUGGCCGAGGAUGAACCGCUGGUGACUCAGAUCCCUCGAGACGGACAUGUGAACGGCCUUCAAGAACAGGAUCGACACACCGAACACACAGACGCACCGCUGGAUGAUUUAAUAAGUCAGCAGAACACUUCAGGGUUCCUCACCAAUCACGAACCGAGACUGCAGGCUUCACAACAGUAUAGCGCUGAUGUGCCAGGCAGGUCUUUUUGGGAUGGCGAAGAACCCCACUCCUCCAUCCUCACCCAGGGCUCAGUGACUGUACACGAUCCCCCGAUGGCUCUCUCUGCCGGAGACGACCGGGAGGACAGGAGGGGGGCAUUGGAGGAAGACUCAUACAGGACUAAGCCACAGGAAAACACCUCUGCGCCCACAUAAACACAGCCAGCCCCGCCGUCGACUUCCAGUGCCCUCGGCCCACUACCUCCACUGAGAAGCCUCAUUGUCUGCCAAAUAAAACUCCUCAAUCCUAGUGGUUUACACUGCCUCUCAUGCCCCCCACCUUACCAUGUUCGUUUGUAGCCCACUGGGAUUAUUGCGUUUUGAGGAGAACUCUCCAAAACAAGAAGCAGAAUUAUUGCUUUUCCCAUUUUCUCUACAACUAGUUCGAGCCGUGACUCUGAAUGUAACAUUUCCAAGAGCUCCAGUAGCUCUGCUGUAAGUCGUGAUGUACGAGUUGGCCGUGGUACAUUGUCCCCGCCUACUUCAAAGCAUUGAGCCUUUUGCAUAUGCCAAAGCUUGACCCGUAACUUCCUUCGCAGAGUCGAAUGAAUAUUGACUGUGAAAAUAGUGAUGCUAUAUUGGUAAGAACCAGACAACCUGCCCGAAACAGGGCAGUGAUGUUCUCUGAGUGACGUCAGAGGGUGUUACCUAUUUCUCCGUUUGGUACAGGAAACGGUACCGACUGAUGACCAUUAUUGUGCUAACGGAGUUGACCGCUCUGUUGGUUAUUACUGUUAUUGUAUGUCGAUGUUGCUGUUUUUUGUCAUGCAUUUUAUGUGUUAUGUGUUUUAUGCAUUUUAUUUAAUGCUUUUCGCAAUUUCAAAAGUAUUCCAGAUGAUUCCUUUCCUCUUUUUUUAGUCUGGCACUAUAUUAGAUCGUCAGAAAGACAAGCUAUAUUGCACAUUUGACAAUCUGCCCAGGACAGCCUUAUAUGAACUGUAAUAUGCCAAGUUGUUUUAAUUCUUCCACCGUUAAGAUAGCUUCUUGUUGUAUUUUUUUGUCCUUAAUGGACAAAUGUUAGAAGGGUUAUCAUUGUAACGUGUCUAACCUUGCUAUGUGUGGUUUAGUGAAACAGAAUUGCAGUCAGACGUGGCACUGUUGGCUCGGGAUUGAUGAUUUUUUCGUUUGGUGGUGCUGUCGGCCCAGAAAUUCACACUCGACCUUACAGUGUGUCUGUAGGCUGUUAAACGUAUGUAUUACUACAUACACAUGACUACAGAUCAGACUAAAUCCUCAGCUGUCCAAUAUAUGCUGGAUACUCGCCUAAAUUCAUUUUGAAUUCUUGGCAAAAUGUAAAAUUCCGAAAACCUUUUCAGUUGUGACUGUAUUAGGCAUUAUUAUUUUGUACUGUAUUGGCCUUAAAGCGAAGCUGGACUUUGACCUUCUUGUCAUUAAGCAUUAUCUUAUGAGGGGUGUCAAGGUCAACUCCUUUACUGUCUUGUUCCCUCAGUGUCUUCAAGAAAAUGGUUUCAGCCUGAAUUUCACAGGCAAUGCCACGUUUAAUGGUCUAGAACAAAUUGAAGCGAGCUUAAGAUAAGCUAGAUAAGGUAAUUGAGUUAGAGAUCCAAUGGCGUGUUUAAUAACCACAGGGCUUAUAUCUCAGUAGAGAUUUUCAUGGGAAAAUGCAUUUAUGAAUUAAUUUACUACUAUACAUCAUCACUUAAUUGGACGUUUUUGUUCUUUUAAACGGCCGCCAGUACCAUGCACUGGAUUGUGGGAUAUCAAUGGCAGCAAAGGACACACUCGGAGAAUGCUGGGUUGUUUUAACUCAUGGUUGUGUGAAAUACAGACACUUUCUAGGUUUAUUUCAACCAGUGGUUGGGUUUGUCCAAAUUUUACCCAGCGUUUUUUAGAGUGCUGGAUGUUUCGCAAACAUUUCAUGCUUGGUUAUUACUAAGGCCUUGAUGCUUUUUAACCUUUAUAUACCAUCUGAGGGUUUUAGAUUGUGGACGUUAAACUAAGCCAGUUCACGUUAUUGCUUGUUGGCCCCGCAUCAUCGAUCGCUGCUUCAACGUCUGAAUUAUCCUUUAUUCAUAAUGCACUUAUUGAACCUGCAAAAGCUGAAUUUUGUUAAUACUGCAGAUAACUGUCCACUGUUCUCAUGUUUUAAAGAAAAUGUUUCUUCUCCAGUUACUUUCAAACAUUCUCCAGCUGUGAUAAAGACCCAUGCAUUUGCAUAUUUCGUUCGUUGCGUUUUGGACAUUUUCUUGCCUCUCAGUUAUACAGUUAUAAUAAUCUAGACCUUAAAGGGAUACUUCACCCAAAAGCGAAAAUUCUGUCAUCGUUUACUCACACUCACCUUAUUUCAUACCUGUAUAAAUUACUUUGUUCUGAUGAACACAGAGAAAGAUAUUUGAAAGAAUGUUAGCAAUUUUCUGUUCUGGAACAUCAUUGACUACCAUAGUAAGAAAAGUUAAAUGGUAGUCAAAGGUGCCCAAAAACUUUUGUUUUCCUAAAUCCUUCAAAAUAUCUCCUUUUGUGUUAAAUGGAACAAAAAAUAAUCAAAAUAUUUUUUUUCUACUGAUGAUGUCACAGAACUUAAAAUUGCUAACAUUCUUCCAAAUAUCUUUCUUUGUGUUCAACAGAACAAAGAAAUGUAUACAGAUUUCAAACAACCUGAGGGUGAGUAAAUGAGGACAGAAUUUUCAGUUUUGUGGGAACUAUCCCUUAAAUGCCAAAUGAUGAAACAGACCCCGUGCCGAGUCAAUUUCACAGUGUCAUCACUGGCUUCCACCGACAAUUUAGAUCUCUAAACUUAGACACAUAAAAUUACUGUUAAUGCUCAUUUUGCUUAUUACAACCAUCUCUUGUUUGUUCAGUUCUGCUCUCAGGGGAUCCAUUUAUUCUGAAUAAUACCGGGCGUAUUUGGAAAUGACCGGUUUAUCACCUCACCAUCUGUAAUGUCUCUGAAUUACAAUUCCGGUGCGUUUAGACCAAAGAACAAGCCAUGUGCAUCAAACGCUCCACCGUUCGCCAACAUGUCCUGAAACCAAAGUUCAGCGUUAUUGUUUUGAUAUUUAAAUGCUGCUUUGUUUUGUUUCGUUCAAUAGUUUUUCGUCAAGUGUAUUUUUUGUAUGUACCUGUACAUUCUGUAAAGCAUGUAUAAAGAAUAUUAUGUUUCCAAAAAUGCCAACAUUUAGCUGACAUUUAAACAAUAAAAUGAUCAUUUAGAUGUUAUUCAAAUAAACGAAGCUUGACUGUUUGUUAAGGGUUAAUAUUUUGGGUAUUUUUGCUACUGACACGAGUAAUACUUUAAAUCACAUGGCUGAGGUUGUGCCAUUACUUUUAUAAGCAAUCUGAAUUGUGAUUUUCAGCUGGCGGAGGAUAAACCAGACAAAAAUAUCCAAUAGACUUGCAUUAAAGAGGCCUUAUCUAGAAUAGAGGUUCGAAAAUUGGAUUUCGUGACUUCCUAGCAACCACAUAGCUUCUUGCAUUUUCUUCAGAAAGUGAAAAAAACAUGUAUGAUAUAGUAUUGAGUUGUGGGUAUUGUACUUGUAUUCUGCUAUUUGUUGUGUUUUAGAUGUAACCAUAAGUGUUGGCAGUUUUAUUAAAGUGCUGAUCAAUUAACGCGAUGCACAACUUCAAUCCAAGUUUUCAAAGAGCGCAGACACGUCGGGAUCACACUAAACAUUUGAAAUGACAAUUUUUAUUCCCUUCCUCCUCCGGUUUCAGUGUUGUCGUGUAGACGGUGAUUUGGCGUAUGACGUUGGAAUUUUUUUUAUUUUUAUUAAUGCCAUAUAGUGAAUACAAAGAGAAACAUUCACAUCAUAUCAAACAAAUAAUGUUAAAAAAUUAUAUUAAAAAAAUAAC